AUGGACCCAGUGGCUGACCUGAAGGGAAAGGAAAUAAAACGAGCUACUCUGAAUGAGCUGGUGGACUACAUUGCAGCAGGCCGGGGUGUACUUACUGAGCCUGUUUACCCUGAGAUCAUCAGAAUGAUCUCAGCAAAUCUGUUCCGGACCUUGCCGCCCAGUGAUUUUGAUCCAGAAGAAGAUGACCCAACAUUAGAAGCGUCGUGGCCACACUUGCAGUUGGUGUAUGAGUUUUUCCUACGGUUCUUGGAAUCCUCUGACUUUCAGACCACCAUUGGCAAAAAAGUAAUAGACCAAAAAUCUGUGCUACAGUUAUUAGAUUUAUUUGACAGUGAAGACCCUCGUGAGCGUCAUUUCCUUAAGACAAUUCUACAUCGCAUCUAUGGAAAAUUCCUGGGGCUACGUGCUUUCAUACGCAAACAAAUAAAUAACAUCUUCCUUAGGUUUGUAUAUGAGACAGAGCAUUUUAAUGGCGUUGGAGAGUUAUUGGAAAUAUUAGGAAGCAUUAUCAACGGCUUUGCUCUACCGCUGAAGUCAGAACACAAGCAAUUCCUCGUAAAGGUUCUGCUGCCACUGCACAAAGUUAAACGUCUGUCAUUGUACCAAGCACAGCUGAUAUACUGUGUGCUUCAGUUCCUUGAAAAGGAUGCCACGCUAACUGAACCUGUUGUUAAAGGGCUACUCAAGUUCUGGCCUAAAACGUGCAGUCAGAAAGAGGUGAUGUUCCUUGGCGAGAUUGGAGAAAUUUUAGAUGUAAUUGAACCAUCACAGUUUGCCAAAAUUCAGGAACCGUUGUUCAAACAAAUUUCAAGAUGUGUCUCUAGUCCUAACUUUCAGGUUGCCGAAUGUGCACUGUACUUAUGGAGUAAUGAGUACAUAAUGAGCCUGACUGCGGAAAACAACCAUGUGAUCAUGCCAAUAAUGUUCCCAGCUCUGUACCGCAUCAUCAAAGAGCACUGGAACCAAACAAUUGUGGCUCUUGUAUACAGCAUGCUCAAAACCUUCAUGAAAAUGAACAGUAAGCUUUUUGAGGAGCUCACAGCUAAGGCUGAGAGACAAAAUGUGUGA